GCGUUUUUCAUCGACGGUAACAUUCAACGUGCUCUAACGUCGACCGUUGCAACGUCGAUUCACGCUGUCGAAAUUGUAGCUGCAGCCAUCUGCUGCUGCAGUAGCUUUUGCUCAAAGGCAGUUGAGUAUGAAGCGGAAGGCGUACUAGCAUUACCGUUCAUCGUGAUCGGUCUAAUGGCGAACGCAAUGUCAAUUCGAAUAUUCUCACAUCGUCACAUGCGAAUGCAGUGCGUUAACUGGUAUUUGAUGUUGUUGGCUGCAUCAGAUUCAGUCAUUCUCAUCGGAGCAUUUUUUGUGCUCACACUGCCACGACUCGGUGAGGUUCUUCACUGGUGGAGUGCAACCGCAAUUAGUUACUAUUCAACACCAUAUAUGUACGCAUUUAUGACACUAGCACAAACGGUGAGUGUCUGGAUGACGACCGCGAUGUCAAUACAUCGUUUUGUUGGAGUUUGUUUCCCGUUCAAAGCCGGUGAACUGCUCACCGAAAGAAACGUAAAAACGCUUAUUUUCUGUGUCAUCGUUGCAUCUGUCCUGUUCAACUCCACACGUUUUUUCGAGGUUUACAUUGCGGACGUCUGCUAUAUGCAAUUAAUAGGUGCCGAACUUCCGGUGCUUCUACCGACCGAACUGCGAAUGGAUCCACUCUAUAGGAAAAUUUUCUACGAAUGGGCUUAUACGCUAAUUAUGUUCGCAAUACCAUUCACAAUUCUUAUAGUUGUGAAUACACUCGUCAUCAUAGCGGUCCAUCGGUAUUUUCAUUUGCUUAUUGUUUUCGCUUUUGUAGUGAAUAUCCUGGAGAAGCUGGAUAUGAAUGAGCUGUACGCUGCAGCAGUGCCCUGGUCGAACAUGCUUGUGAUGACGAAUGCAUCGAUAAAUAUUUGUAUAUAUUGUAUGUUCAGCGAUAAAUACCGUCAACUGUUCUCGUUGUAUAUCAGGAGUUUUCUGUGCUGUUCGAAGGUGAACAAGGACGACUCGUUUCAGAUGAUACUGACAAGUCAUUGA